UAAAAUCUUCGUUUAUCGCGAUGCCGCAACCCAAGAAGCAUCUCUCGCGAAGAGAGCGUAAAGCAGUAGCUGAAGGUGAUACUUCGCUUGCCAAUUUCCACAAAGAAAAAAAGGAAAAAAAGAAUGCCCCGCCUCCACCUCGCAUUAUCGAUUGGGCUGCCAUGAACCCAAAAACUUCACAUUACGAAUUUGGAGGUCCCAUUGGUGCAGCAGCCAUGGUCAUCUUUCUGCCUGCAUUAGUGCUGUUAUUCGCUUUUGGUUGUGACCAAACCGGUUAUAUGCCUUUCGAACGUUUUUAUGCUGGUUUAGGUGCUGUGGCAUCUGGCCAACUGAGCUUUGGUAACUUGGUGGAAUAUGUCAAAGCUUGGAAACCUAUGUCACUGCUGUGGUAUUUUUGCUUCAUCGCGCAGCUUGUGACCUUUACUAUCGCCAUGCCCGGUACCAACGUUGAGGGCACCCAAUUGCGUGACGGCACGCGUCUUUCCUAUCGUAUCAAUGCACUUCAAACCUUACAAACGACGACGACCAUGUUGAUCAUGUCGAAUCGUGGACACGGUUGGAGUAUGCCUCUGUGGGUCCAAGCUAAUUUUGCUCAGUUGGCCGUGGCUUCCGUGAUCUUUUCAUUUUUCAUUUCGAUCACAAUGUAUAUUUGCAGUUUCCUCGGCGCUCCACGAUUGCUUGCACUGGGUGGCAAUACAGGCAAUAUGAUCUACGAUUUCAUGAUUGGUCGCGAACUGAAUCCACGCAUUGGCGAUUUUGAUUUGAAAUUUUUCACGGAAUUACGCCCGGGUUUGAUUGGAUGGCUUUUCCUGGAUGGAUGUAUGGCAGUGAAACAGUGGGUGUCUCUGGGACGGAUCACCAACAGUAUGGUUUUGGUCUUGGUAUUCCAGGCGUGGUACGUUUUAGAUGCUUUAUGGAACGAGUCUUCUAUUUUGACUACCAUGGACAUUACGACUGAUGGUUUCGGCUUUAUGCUGGCUUUCGGUAACUUGUGCUGGGUUCCCAUGAUGUACAGUCUUCAAACACGUUAUUUGUCGGAUUUCCCUGUCGAUCUGACCUAUAUCCAAAUGGCAGUCAUCAUCGCUUUGCAACUGGGUGGGUACUACAUUUUCCGCUCAGCCAACAAGCAGAAAGACGUUUUCCGCAAGAAUCCAGAGGAUGAACGAGUGCGUCAUUUGUCUUACAUCGAAACACAAGCUGGCACACGCUUGCUCACUUCGGGAUGGUGGGGCAAAGCAAGGCACAUCAAUUAUUUGGGCGAUUGGCUCAUGUCCGUGGCUUGGUGUCUUCCUUGUGGGUUCAAGUCCAUUAUUCCGUACUUUUACUGUAUCUAUUUUGCCAUCCUUUUGAUUCAUCGCGAACGUCGCGAUGACGAGAAAUGUCGAAAGAAGUAUGGCGAGGAUUGGGAGACUUACUGUAACAAAGUGAAAUACAGGAUUAUCCCUGGUGUUUAUUAAUCUUUCUCACUCCUAAUGGAAAUGAAUGAUGGUUACUUGUUCUAUUUUUAUCUGUCCUUAUAACUUGUAUUUUUACCAAUCUUGCCAUAACAUUUUGAUGCUUAAUGAAGCAGGUCACCAAUAAAAUUUUAGGCUUUACAG